AUGGAGGCCACAGAUAAAACCUUAACGGAUGGAAUGCCUCAAAAUUCAACUAACAGCGACUGUGCAGAUGUUCCUCUAAUAUCGAAAAGCAGCCAUGUAUACAUGAGAUUAAUUGAAUCUGCAUUCAUGGUCCCCUUUAGGAAGCUCGGGUUCCUCUCACGGGAGUCUGUGUUUCCCAUUCUAUUGGACCAUGUGAAGGUGAAUGUGGAUGCAGGAUCUUCAUCUCCUACUAGAUAUGCAGUGGAUCUGAGCUAUGGAAGACAGAGAUGGAGGAUAAACGUAGGGAUAGUACAGAUGUUUUCCCUGAAUGCCUAUCUUCAUUAUAGAGAAGUCAUGGAUUCAAGAAGAGAUAAGCCUAGAAUAUGUACGGAAGGGCAGUACAGUGGUGUUGAAGAGUUUCUUAGGGCUGUUCUCUACAGGUCUCGGCUACUUGAUAUUGGAAAGGUUUAUGAUUUCUUCAGAAUAUCCAAGCAUUCGUUCAAUGGGACGAAGAUGUUUGAGGAUAAGUUCCAUGUAAGCAUAAUAGAUCUGGAGAAGAGUAAGUGUAGAAACACCUGCUGUAGGACGUUUGGGAUUUCUGGAAAGAUGUACAUUGUCUGCAAAAAGUCGCAUCUGGUACUUGUUGAUUACAGAAAUGGCCAUGAGGACAUAGAUGUUCUGUUUUACAGGAAAAGCUUGAAUGUAAGAUACAAGUCCGAGAUAUUUUGUAGUAAGGUGACUGUGGAUAAGAAUGAGAGAAGAUAUGUAAUCAAAUCUUUUAGACAUGAUGCAGUGAGGCGAUUGUUUGGGGAGAUUCUAGGAGGGCUAGAGAAGAGAGGCUUGGAGAGGUUUCUAUCUUUUAGCCCCAUAAGGAGAAGAGGAGUGGUAAACUUCUAUGUUGAUGGAAAGAACUAUUUCUACAAUCUCUAUGAAACAUUAUGCUUGGCAAGAAGAGAGGUUUUUAUUGCCGGAUGGUGGAUCUAUCCAACAUUGUAUCUUAGAAAGGAAUCGGCGGGGGAGAGGGGACUCAACGAGAUGUACAGGUUUGACAAUGUUUUGAAGAGAUUAGCAGAGGAGGGAAUAAGAAUAAGGAUACUUGUGUACAAGGAGAUUCUGGGAGCCCUGAACAUAGAUUCAAAUCGUACCUGUGAGUUUCUAUCCAAUCUACACAGGAGGAUUGAGGUUCUUAUGCAUCCAAAUGGCAUAGGACGUGCCCCGAUCUAUUGGACCCAUCACGAGAAAAUAGUUGCCAUAGACCAAAGGAUAGCAUAUGUUGGAGGAAUAGACCUGGCACCAGGAAGAUACGACACACAGGAUCAUACCCUGUUCAGUACAGAAUGGUGGCCCGAGGGAUUAGGGAGAUGUGGAGAAGAAAAAGCUAUGGCUGAUGUGGAUCCGCCCAGAAUUUUCAGGAUGCCAUGGCAUGAUGUCCAAUGCAAGGUUGUUGGAGACUCUGCAUUUGAUAUAUCCCAGCACUUUAUCGAAAGAUGGAACUUUAUUGUUUCAAAGGAUGGAGAGACCGAGAAGACAAAACUAUUGGUUCCAAAUGAAGAGAUGCUGGAGGAACAUGUUCCUGUGGACGGAUCUGAGGGCAGAGCAUCUACCAAGACGCAAGUGCUGAGAUCUGUUGGGAGAUGGUCUAUCGGGUAUGACGAGGCCUCUAUAUCAAGAGGAUACUCUGAGAUGAUUCAGAACUCCAAGAGAUUCAUAUAUAUAGAGAAUCAAUUUUUCAUUACAAAGUGUAGCUCUGCUCCUGGAUUCCCCGAAAAUGCAGUUGGAAAGGCUCUUGUGGAGAGGAUAAUCAAGGCUGACAGAAAUGGAGAGGAGUUCAAGGUGUACAUUCUUCUCCCCCUCUUCCCUAUACUUGAUACCGGGAUCUCUGUGGGACCAACGCCAGCCAUGGAAAUCAUAAGAAUCCAGGAGCAAUCAAUAUCGAGAGGAGAGGGGUCUUUGUAUCAAGUGCUAAAAGAGAACGGUGUCGAUCCAAGCAAGUAUAUUGUACUCAUGUCUUUGAAGAAGGCCUGCUUUGAUGGUCUGAAGGUUGUCCAUCAGCAGAUCUAUGUCCAUUCUAAGAUAAUUAUUGUGGACGGAACAUCUGCUAUAGUAGGAAGUGCAAAUCUUAAUGACAGGAGUAUGUUAGGAACGAGGGAUACCGAAAUAGCAUUACUGGUGGAAGAGGAAGGGGGAUCAAUCCAUAAGCUGCUUAGAAAAUUACUAGAGGAGCACCUUGGAAUUGGAGGAAAAGGAGAGAAUAGAUAUGGGCCCCAGGAUCUCCUAGAACAUUGCUUGCUCAAUGGAGAGAUUGAUCUUGGAAGCAAUGAUGUCUUUAGCAAGAUUAUCACCAGAGCAAGAAAUAAUACAGAAACAUUCAGAAGGCUCUUCGAAAGUGGUGGGAGGCAUUUGGGCAUUUGUUCAAUGGAUGAUGAUUUCAUUUGUGAUGCACUAAGUGGAAUACAAGGCCAUCUAGUUCUGUUUACAGAUGACUUUUUAGUCGAAAAACAGUUUGAGAGAAGUAUCUUUAGCAUUCAAGGAUUUAUUCCGUCGAUAGUUUAUUAUUAG